UAAACAUUCAUCCCGAGGUCUGCUUUCUGCAAACUUCAACCAGACCGAUCCAAGGACGCCCAGAAUGAUCUAUUCUGGGUCAAAACAAGCACUGCAUGACAAAUUUGUUUCUCUCUUUGCACCAUUUAACAGGGAAUUCGAAGAGUGAGAGCCAGAGAGAGGAUUUGAGAGGGCUGGUUGCUUUGGCUUCGCUUCAGGGAAGACAGCUCAAGCGAUACAAUCGCACUGGAGGACGGCUCGUUGUCGGGUUCGUUCAUGGUUAAACGGACGGGAUCUAUGAGCUGCAAUCAUGGUUUUCUUUUUGAAAAUGGUUAUGUUUUGAUUCUUGUCUAUUUGGCUGUCAGAUGCAUUCCAUAUAAAUUUGAUUCAAACUUCUCAAGCGAUGAUCUUGUUCGUUCGAUGGAUGUUCUUGUGAUCAGUUCAGAAGGGAUAUGUGAUGAUGUUUCGUAAGGGUGGGUGGGAAAGUGACGAGAUUGUGAAACAAGUAUCACUGCGCGAAGCAGUAGAGAAGCUGGCGUGUAAGGAGAGGCUUGGAAAGUGGCAGUACAGAAGCAGCACGCAGGCCAUAAAGGAGAGCCUAAUGUUUCCACUGAGAGUAACUGAGGAGCUACUCAUUUGGCCUGAGAUGAGUGCCAGGCAGCGCAGAUGGCAGAAGCGAGGGAAGGAUGCAAACAUCCAUGGAUGAAAGUGGCUUUGGACAGAUUAGUGAGGCGACUUUCGAGUUUGAUUCGUCGUAAAAAAUCAGCUUCGGUAGCGCGAUGGCUUCUGUAGAGCUUGUGGAUUUGUAUUAGUUUUGAAUUGCAGGAAGCUGGGAGGAUAUAUUACUGAAUUCCUUUCAGCAAAUUGCUUUAGGAUAUCAAUUUUGUUGUUGGAAGAUUUAUGUAUGUAUCAAUCAAAUCUCAUGCAUUUACAUAUCUAACAGUUAAAAGUUCAAUUUUUGUAUGUAUACCACUAUACC